GUUUAAUACGUACCUAGGUACUUAGCAGGAUUGUCUGUAUUUAGGAUACCUGACCUAUUAUAUUAAAAGAUGAGCUGACUAAAGUACUUCUUAUGAUCGAAUGAUCUCAUGAUGAGAUUGAAUUAGCGGGUCUGCUCAGACACCGCUCAGGUACGGAUCCGUAAAUUUGUAGGAUUCGCCAUUCUCAUGAGAUUCACUACCUACAUGAUUUUGUUAUCCUCGCAUCUUCUUCUCACUAUCCUUACUUGGUUCUCACUUACCCAGCGAACCGCAUGGAAAAGUCGAUGUCUCCUCAGAUAUUACUCUCACUUUCCUAAGAAUGGCCAUCCUAUUGAACCUACCUAAUGAGAUUCUCAUCUCGAUUCUUGAUGCCCUCGCUGAUGUCGAUCUUCAGUCGUUAAUCAUCUUACAACUUAUGAACCGCCGGCUUUAUAGGCUUGCGAAGGAUAUCUUAUACGACGUUGAGAGUAUCUCGAGCACUGACGACGCGAGCGACGAUGAGGGAACGCGAAUACAUCCUCUUUGGAGAACAAAAUUUAAAGGCCUAUUCGAUACGUCAGAUUGCUUUACGGACGAGGAGAAGACGAGAACGGCAUUUCUAACGCUCAACGGCGAUUACACACUCCCCUUCCGCAGGCUCCCAUGGGCACAAACGGAAAGUGAGCGCGACGCGUAUCGCCGCCCAGGAGCGAGCUGGCGCGAAAUUAGCCUUACUUUUGGCCGAGCUCCCAUAAUCCACUUAGACGUAGUCAAGAGUUAUUCCGCUGCUGAAGGCGACGCAGUUGACUACUACCAAGUUGAUCUGCCACCGUCCGGUAUGACAAUGGGUCUUUUCUAUGAUGUUCUCCUAUGCGACAAGGCAACAUACGGCUAUGAGACAGGCAGUUGGGAAUUGAUGGUCGGCCGAAAAUUACACAGUUUUGAUGUCUUAUUCGAGUACGAAUGCUUCAUUCCGGAUGAUAGAGACUUAGUCGACAUCGGUAAAGAGGCGCGCCAGGCCGCAGUGUUGUAUGUGCGGGGCGGCCCAGUGAGCCGUAAAUUCACACCCGAAACCCUGGAGGACAGUUGGGUCGUCAACAGCAAUAUAGAACGACGACUGCUCCCGUGGCAGGGGCCUAUUCAGAAUUUCAUCUUUACCGGAUAUUUCGAUUAGAUGCUUGGGAUUGGGACUGUUGAACGCUCGGGGUUCUGACCGCUAUUAUACCUUUUAUCGCAAAGCUAAUUACGUCAUAUUUCGAAGAAGUCUUGGGGAUUCGGUAAAGAUCUCAGCCCGCCCCUGGACCCGACGGGACAAUCUCACCUCCGCACUUCAGACGUUUCUCAGUCACAAACGAGUUUAUUUCUAAACAAUGUAUGAUCUUCGUUACACAAGGAAACAUUCGGACCAAUCAAAAGUUUUCAU